AUGCCCGUCCUCGCUAAAAUCGUCGAAGAAAUGGACGUUGAACAACGGCAAUCCCCCAUCGUCCAGGCCCUAAUGGCCAUCGACACUAAGCUGGAUACUAUUCUGAACCUGUUCGCGGCCUUGGACGCUCGCCAGCAUCGUCUGGAGGCGGCGAACCAACCGCGAACAUCGUCCUGCGUAUUCUGCCCCGAGGGCGAAGGCAGCCAUCCGUCGGGCCGCUGUCCUAAGUAUCCCGAUCCCGUGUCACGCGCAGUCCAGGCUUCGCGCCUGGGCCUAUGUGACCGGUGCCUGCGGAAGAGCCACGACGAACCGUGCGAUACGAGCUGCAACCACUGCCGGAAGCCGCACAACACCUUGUUGUGUCCGAUACGCGGCUUCCGGCACACUCCAAAACACCUACCGCAAAAAGAAGAAAAUUCUAAAAAAGGUUAUUCCGAAGGGGUCUCGACCAGCGGAAACAAGACCAAACAGCUUGAUGAGCUUUACAAUGCUGCAGACCUGAUCAGCGGAGGAAUUGAACUCAUCAGGGAGAGCAGAGACGCACUCCAGAUCCUGGUGGACAAGCUGGAUAAACAGUUCGACGACCUAAACGUAAAAGACACAAUAAGCCACAAGGGACCCAGAAAACCCAAAGAAAUCUCAUCAGCUCUUAACCUAUCUGUUGCUAACACGGAUUCUGUGGGCAUCACUAGAUAUCAUCGUGACAGGAUAGAUGGUGUAUCAAAUUUCUCACAGGAACAGAAACGUAAGCCAGACGACGAACUCGAGAGCGAGUCUCCACAAUAA